GCUAGGAUUUUGGUGGCGUUUGUUGUCGAAAGUUGCAAGUGCAGAAAGGCUUAACAAUAUCUUCUAUUUUAUUGCCCCACCCCCCCCCCCCCAAAAACAAUGCAAGACUACCUUUAAUACUAAUACACAGAGCAGGUUCAGCCGGUUUUACACCAUAUCCCCCUGAGGAGCCCUUCAUCAUCAUCAUCAUCAACAACAACAAUAAUGCCCAGGCGACGGAAAAGUAGAAUCCGAGAGGCCUAUGACGAGCACUUUUCAGAGAGCACGGUAACAUACCCAAGAAUUGUGAGUGCUGUCGAGAGGAGGACGGCUGUGACAAGACCGGAGCAAGACUAUGACAGAGAAUUUGAAUAUGAAACCAAUCAGUAUAGCGGCAUUCGAAGUUACCAUGAUGAUGACCACAGAGGAUACCGUAGCGACAGGAUACACACAGGAAGUGAUCGAGGAUACCAUGGAGACAGUACACCCAUAGGAAGCAUCCGAGUGAGGAAUUCCCCACCUCCCCGACAAGAGGAUUACAGAGAUUCCUACUACAGGGACUCCAGAGAUAAUUCUCUGAUGGGGUGUCAAGGAGAGAUGAGGAUAAGCAGCAGAGCGGGCUCCCACCUCAGCAGCAGAGUUAAAGGAAUAGCUCCUCUCUCGAGGACCGUGUCUUCGGCAGCUAAUCCCGAUAGAGUGGACCCCAAUCUGAUGCAGACCCUCAUGUACUUGGACCGAGGAGAGGACCCUGAGGGUCUUAGGCGAAGGGGCCUGGACCCCUACGCUGCAGGCCCAGCCGGGGACACUUACAAAACGGUACGGGAUCGCUCUCCCAUCAGGAUGGAUAUCCCACCAGGCCCUGUUAUCCUGCGCUCUGGGUCCAACACCAGCAAAAGGAGCUACUCCCCAGACAGGGACCAGAAGAGCUUCUCCUACCAGCAGAGCCAGCAGAAGAGGUAUAACGAAGAGCCUCACAGCCAGAACAGAGAACCUGAUAAGCCCAGGUUGCUAAGCCACACCAGAAGUACCUCCCUAGACGGAUCAGCGAAAACCUAUGUGGCAAUCAAGGAGGAGAGUGUCCCCACACCAGCCCAGCUAGCGGGGCCGAAGGGGACGUUGUCGGCCAAGGAGACGGUGUCGGCCAAGGAGACGGUGUCGGCCAAGGAGACGGUGUCGGCCAAGGAGGAGACGGACCAGACGCAGGACAACUUUAAGACACGGCGCUCUCAAGCCAUCGCAGCUAAAGCGCUGGAAAUCGAGAAGCGGUACAAGCAGGACUGCGAGACAUUUGGCACGGUGGUGAAGAUGCUGGUUAUCAAGGAGCCCAGCCUGGAGAAGAUGCUUCAGAACCCUCUGAAGGACAACUUGAUUGAGAUCAGGGAGCGUUGCCUUGACGACCUCCGACACUUCAUCAUAGAGCUGGACCAGGUCAUAAAGCCCCAACCAUCAACAUGAGGGGGAACCACAAAUCCCUUACUACAUGGCAGGAUUGAUGGACCAGAGGUGGAGUUUGGCCGGUGGUAUAGACAUUGUGAGAGGAGGCAACCCUGUGUGAUAUUCUCUCAAUACUGUGUCAAUAAGAGAGAAACUUUCAAGUAACUUGAUUUUAUUGAAAACAUGCUUAAUUGAGAAUAAGUGUUUUAUUUUCACCAACCUUUUCUGAGUUGAGAUACAAGUCCAGAUCUACCACUCAGAUGUUUUCUAAAUAUAACUUAAAAAACCUAAGCCUGUGCAACAUUAACCAAUUAAAAACUGUUCUGUAGCAAUGAGGUUUGUACAGUAAGCUAAAGGCCAAAUACAUUAUCACUGCAUGUUGGCUUCGCUUUAAUUUCCCUGCCAAUGCAUUGUUGUUCGGACCAUUUAAAAAUAUAUAUAUUUCCAAAUUUGAGGUAAGCUAUAUGAUCACACAGUAAUAUAGAUCAGUUGUUGUAUUACUUGUGAGUCGAAGCUAAGUGAGCAUAUUUAAAUAAUUUGCUUUUAAUUUUACUGGGCUGAUGGUGCCUGUAUCUGAUGGUCAGUCUCAGCAGUCCGCCUCUCAACAUCCCUCUACUCUCCCUUUCCUCCGCUGACACUGACCAAAAAGGACACGGUCAUCCAGCUGAUGGCGGAUCUCGACUCGCAUCAUUCUCUCUCUCUCCUAAUAAAUCUCACAGUAUCUGUAGCUUUCCUUCACGCCUGCUACGUUACUGCAGACACGGUAAUCUGAGCCAUCCGAUUGGCCAGCGGUAGGCGUUUAGUGCACUUCAUUUGCUCUGCAGGCCCGCCGGGAACGCAGAGUUUGUACCUUCAGACAAAUGAAAUGGUUCAAAAUCGAAACCCUUCGCCUACCCGGCGUGCAGGGCAGCUGAAUCAAGUGCACCUACCCGCAACAGCGCAAGACAAAAAAAUUAUACAAACUCAAGGAAUUUUUAUUUUUAUUUUUUGUACAUAAAUGUUUGGGAUUGACAAGAAAUGCCUUUGAGAUCGACCAGUUGGUCGCCACUGCUUUGGGGGUCAUAGAAGAAAAUUUGGGGAAAAACGAAGCGUUCUAAUUUGAUUGGCUUGUUACAAUGCUGUUCUAGAUUUCAGACUUGAAAAGAGAAUUCUGCCAUCAUUACUCUAAAUGUCCACCUGUCAUUUCUUUACUCUGUCAUCCACUACUACUGGCUUUCUGACCAAGUUGUAAACAACCUAAUCAUACAGAGUUUGCAUAUUUUUGUGUAUUUACUGUCAUAUGUUCUGAAGUUCUUUACAUCUUAUUUUCUAUUUGGUAAUAAAAGUGAUGUAACAACUGGUUCUCUA